UUUCAAUCAUACAACAGCAACCUUUAACAACGAAAAAAAAAAUAUCACACCGAAUAAGGUAUUUCCCAUAUCUUCUGCCUACUCUUGUUGAGAAAAAAAAGUUUUUGAAUUUUAUUCCAUAAUCAUCGUUAAUAUUCGAAGAAAAUCAAUUUCAAUCAUGCUCAAAUACGUUUCAACACCGAUGCCAACAUCAACAUUGUCGGUUUCAAAUGAUCAACAAACAAUGUUUAAUGUUGAUCUAAAACGACAAUCAUCAUCAUCAACAUCAUCAUCGGAUUCAAUUUCAUUGAAUAGUUCUGAUUGUAGUUCAAAUGGAUCAUCAUCUAUAAUGAACGAUUCUAUUGAAUCGCCCAUCACUCAUCAUCAUUCGAAUAAUUUAUUAGUUCCUGUCAUAGACAAUCAUCAUCAUCAUCUUCGUUCAUGGAGUUCAUCUUCAUCUUCAAUAUCAUCAUUACCUAGUCUAAUUACGGAUAAUGUUCCAUUAUCACCAUCAUCAUCAUCAUCGAUAAAUCAUUCGACAAAAACUGUUUCAUCAACAAAUACGAUCGAUCGUAAAGUUGUAAUUAAAAUAUUUACACGUGUUCUUUGUACAGAUGUUGAAUAUAAAACACUUUCCAUAUCAAAUCAUACAACCAGUCGAGAAAUUGUACAAAUGAUAUUGAAAAAAUUUCGUCUCAAUCAUCGAGAUCCUAAUCUUUUUUAUUUAACCCUUGAAGCAUGGAUUAAACAAACCGGUAUACCAAUACGUAGUGUUAUGACAUUGGAUGAUGAUGCAUGUCCAGCAUUACUUCAAUCUUGUUAUCGACAAAAAGAUUUAAAGUUUACAUUAGUUAUGCGUCGAGGUGAAAAUGUUCGCAUUCAUAAUCGAUGUCAACAUGGACCAUCAACUUUAAAUAUUCUCUUAUCGGAUAGGACAAAUGUUGAAGAGUUAACUCGAUUAGUUACCGGUAUACUUGAUCUACCAACGGAUAAUAAACAAUCAUAUGAGCUUUAUGUUUAUUCACCUUCUUGUAAAAUUGAACAAAAAUUGUCACCAACCGAUCGACCAUUAGCUAUACGUAUGGAAUGGCCAAAUCAGGAUUUUAAUCGUUUUGAAAUCCGUCCAUAUCAAAUCCAACACAACUAUCAUCAUCAAUAUAUAGACAACAACAACAGUAAUGAUUCUCGUUUGAUAAUGGCUGAUUUUCGAAAAAAUUUUAAAUCUGAAUUUGCAAUGAAUUUGUUGGGUGCAGCAAAUCAUAAUAAAAACAUUACUAUUACAGCGGAAAAUCGAAAUCAACAUUGCCAACAAUAUCAUCAUCAUCAACAUCAUCAUCAUCCUCAUUCUCAUUAUCAAUCACAUCCACAUUUACAGCUAGAGCAGCAACAUUCAACAUCAAAAUCAACGACCGGAAAAGUUUUGUACAUCUAACCGAAAACUUCUCCUCACACACACCCCCUAAACUAUAUCAGUGUUGUAUCAUUUUACUUCGGUCAUCAACAUUUUUUUCCCUCUCUCUCCAUUUCUAGUCUAACAUAUUAUAUCAAUGAUUUUUUUCCUUCAACAUUAUUUUUUUUUGCUG